AGAUCAACACGGGAGAAAGCCAGGAGGGUUCUCUUCCUGCUUCCUCCUCUCAUUUAUCUUCGCCCGCUUUAAUUAAUUUCCCUAAUAAUAAUUCCGCUCCUUCCGAUUCGGAUUCGGGAGAGAGAGAGAGAAUAGAGAGAGAGCGAUCGGUGGUGGGAAUCGAAGCCAGCGAGGAGAGAAGAGGCGAUCCACCUCCUUUCCUAGUUCCUACUCCUCUCCAUCGUUAAGCUUCUCCGCCUCGAUCCGGCCAACGCGAGCUUCUCCGAGGGAUUAGGAGUCUCCGGCGACGGCGGUCGGGCUGAAUUAAAACACCCUCAUCGAGUGCGGACGGCGAUGCCUACCGCGCCAAGGACGAUACCUGACGGUUGGACCGAGUCGUAGGUCGCGGCGCUGCCGUAUCUCCGCCGUUAUGGAGAUCGAUCCCUCGAUGGUGACGGACAAGGACCGCGAUCCGGCGGCAGGAACCCGCCAAGACCUCGAGAAUGGGACCGCCUCGCCUCCGCUUCCGACGGUGGAGACGGGGCAGCCGCAGCCGGUCGUGGUGGGGCCGAGGCCCGCGCCGAGGUACUCGGUGGUGAAUGCGAUCAUAGAAAUGGAGGAGGACGGGCCGACGUCCAGGUGCGGUCACACGCUUACGGCUGUAGCGGGUGUCGGGGAGGAGGGAACACCUGGGUACAUAGGGCCGCGGCUUAUUCUCUUUGGAGGUGCAACGGCGCUCGAGGGCAAUUCAACGGCCCCACCAUCUCCGGCAGCAAAUGCUGGCAUUCGCCUUGCAGGUGCAACGGCUGAUGUUCAUUGUUAUGAUGUGAUAACUAACAAAUGGACAAGGCUGACACCUCUUGGAGAACCCCCUUCACCUAGGGCUGCACACGUUGCAACUUCUGUGGGUACUAUGGUGGUAAUCCAGGGUGGGAUUGGUCCUAAUGGUUUGUCAGCAGAGGAUCUUCAUGUUCUGGACUUGACUCAGCAGCGGCCACGGUGGCAUAGGGUUGUUGUUCAAGGACCUGGUCCAGGACCACGCUAUGGUCAUGUGAUGGCUCUAGUUGGGCAGAGAUUUCUAUUGACAAUUGGUGGAAAUGAUGGGAAACACCCUUUAGCUGAUGUUUGGGCCCUAGAUACUGCUGCCAAACCCUAUGAAUGGAGGAAGUUGGAACCCGAAGGUGAAGGUCCACCCCCAUGCAUGUAUGCAACUGCAAGUGCACGGUCAGAUGGUCUUCUGUUGCUUUGUGGUGGGAGAGAUGCGAACGGCGUGCCUCUAUCAAGUGCAUAUGGUCUUGCAAAACAUAGGGAUGGUCGUUGGGAAUGGGCUAUUGCUCCUGGAGUUUCUCCAUCUCCAAGAUACCAGCAUGCUGCUGUUUUUGUCAAUGCUAGACUUCAUGUCUCUGGAGGAGCUCUUGGUGGUGGACGUAUUGUAGAAGACUCUUCAAGCAUUGCUGUGCUUGACACUGCUGCUGGAGUUUGGUGUGAUACCAAGUCUGUUGUUACAAGUCCCAGAAAAGGGCGAUAUAGUUCUGAUGCAGCUGGUGGAGAAUCGUCUGUUGAGCUGACAAGGCGUUGUAGACAUGCGGCUGCUGCAGUUGCUGAUAAAGUUUUUAUUUAUGGAGGAUUACAUGGCGGGAUGCUUCUUGAUGACCUACUUAUUGCGGAAGAUUUAGCUGCUGCUGAAACAAGUGCAGCUUCCCACAUUGCUUCUUCAGGUUCCACUGCAAAUGUACAAAUAGGAGGAUCACCAGGAAGAUACAUGUUCUCUGAUGAAAGAUCAAGGCAAGCUACUCCUGAAAAAGUUCCUGAUGGUGCAGCGGCGAUGGCUCCUUCAGUGUCUCCUCCCGUCAAUGGGGAUAUGUGCACCAACGUGAGCCCCGACAACACCAUGCUUCAAGGACCAAGAUUGAACAAAGGUGUUGAAUAUUUAGUAGAAGCAUCAGCAGCAGAAGCUGAGGCAAUUAGUGCUGCUUUAGCUGCUGCCAAGGCACGACGAAUUAAUGGCGAGCAUUUACCUGAUCAAGCCUAUGAUUCAGAGUCUACUCCACGUGGAAAACAACUCCCAAGUCUCAUAUCAGACCCUUCACUUUCAAAUGGUACAUCUUCAGUUGGGGUUCGAUUACAUCAUAGAGCGGUGGUUGUAGCAGCUGAGACAGGAGGUGCAUUGGGUGGUAUGGUCAGGCAGCUCUCAAUUGAUCAGUUUGAAAAUGAAGGCAGAAGGGUCAGCUAUGGCACACAGGAGAAUGCAACUGCAGCUAGGAAACUAUUAGAUCGUCAAAUGUCUAUUAAUAGUAUACCCAAAAAGGUUGUUGCUCAUCUUCUGAAACCACGUGGUUGGAAACCCCCUGUACGCAGGCAGUUCUUCUUAGAUUGUAAUGAGAUCUCUGAGCUUUGUGAUAGUGCUGAAAGAAUAUUCACUAGUGAGCCAACUGUUCUACAAAUUAAAGCUCCUGUCAAAAUCUUUGGUGAUUUACAUGGUCAGUUUGGGGAUCUCAUGCGCUUGUUUGAUGAGUAUGGUGCUCCUUCAACGGCAGGGGACAUUUCUUAUAUUGAUUAUCUCUUUUUGGGUGAUUACGUUGAUCGUGGCCAACAUAGCCUGGAAACUAUUACUCUUCUCCUUGCAUUGAAGAUUGAAUAUCCACAUAAUAUACAUUUAAUUCGUGGAAACCAUGAGGCAACAGACAUUAAUGCUUUAUUUGGGUUUCGUACCGAGUGCAUCGAGAGAAUGGGAGAACAAGACGGAAUCUGGGCAUGGCACCGUAUUAACAGAUUGUUUAAUUGGUUGCCUUUAGCUGCUUUAAUUGAGAAGAAAGUUAUCUGCAUGCAUGGUGGUAUUGGCCGUUCCAUAAAUCAUGUAGAACAGAUCGAAAACCUUCAACGACCUAUCACAAUGGAAACUGGCGCAAUAGUUCUUAUGGAUCUGCUAUGGUCUGAUCCAACAGAGAACGACAGUGUUGAGGGGUUAAGACCAAAUGCCAGGGGGCCUGGCUUGGUUACUUUUGGGCCUGACCGAGUUAUUGAGUUCUGCAAUAAUAAUGACCUCCAGUUGAUAGUAAGGGCACAUGAGUGUGUCAUGGAUGGUUUUGAACGAUUUGCUCAGGGUCAUUUAAUCACUCUUUUCUCUGCAACUAACUAUUGUGGAACAGCAAAUAACGCGGGGGCAAUUUUGGUUUUGGGACGAGAUCUUGUGGUUGUCCCAAAGCUAAUUCAUCCCUUACCUCCUGCCUUCCAUUCACCUGAAAUAUCACCGGAGCGUCAUAUUGAGGAUACAUGGAUGCAAGAAAUUAAUGCCAACAGACCAGCCACGCCUACCCGAGGCAGACCUCAAGUGGCAAAUGAUCGAGGUUCUCUAGCCUGGAUAUAGUAAUCAUCCCAAAUAUGGUAUACUAAUUCCCCUCCCGUGAACUGAGGUUCCUGGUGGUUCAGCUGUUGGACCUACUCUUUCGAACAAGCUGGGUUUAUAAACUGGCCAUCAAAAUUCGUAAAGCUCUUAGAUAUUUCAACAUGUAAAGUUGAUUGAAAGUUGCUUACCGACGUGUUUGGAGUUUUCACCAUGUAACUUAACAUGUGAAUUGGCCAGUUUACUGCACCAGGAAAGUGAUCGGAGAUUGCCCCAGUUGACACAAGCUUCGCCACUGUAUAUUCUGCUGCUGGAUAGGUGACUAUAUGUAUUGCGUCGCCAGUUGAAAUCGCCAAUAGUGUUUUUGUGGUAGUUAUUCUUUCCUUGUCGAGACAAACCGAGGUUAACAAUUACUAUGAGCCAUGUAUAAUAACAGUCUUUUCCCUUAUUGCACUUCCGUCGCUGUAAUUUCUUUGAUGAUUUUGUGUACAAGAUAAGUUUUGAGCGUAACGUGUAAUUGAUAAGGAUGCGUUGGUUUGCAAGAAUAUGGAUUUGAUUGGUUUUUUAUUUUCA